AUUCCUGUAGAACCAAACAUUGAAGUCCAGUCUGGAGUUUUAGACAGGAACCAAGAAAUACGUUCGAAGCCACCAAAGUUACUCGUCACCUCCUCUCCUGAGUCUACCAGUAACCCAACAGAUAAAGUCCGAAGGGUCCGGAACCCGGUUCAGUUUCACAACUAUAUCCAACACGUUGACAGUGACCCAGCUGUGUGUGCGGCCAUCAGUCGUUAUAAAUAUUACAAAUAUCUGGAGAAGAUCAAUGCUAACCAAUCAGAUCAACCAACUAGUCCAUUGAUCUUUACAAUGCCAGAUCAUGUUGUACCCCCGCAGUUCAUCACAAUUGUCUCCAUCUCGAACAAGAUCGAAGCCAAACAAGGGAGCCUAGUCACAAUAUUCUCCCUGUGGAACACUAUGAUGGGGACCUCCAUACUCAGCAUUCCAUGGGCCCUCAAAAUGGCUGGCUUUGCCAACGGUGUCGUCCUCCUCAUCCUCAUGGCAGCCCUCAUGUGUUACUCUGCUUACCGGAUCAUCAGCAUCACUCAUGGCAUGGCUAACUAUGGAUACCUGGAUUUCUCUGACGUCUGCCAACACUACCUGGGCAAGUUCGGCCUCUACACUGCUAUCAUCUGUUCCCUAAUGUCCCUUGUUGGAGGCAUGAUUGUCUAUUGGAUAUUAAUGAGCAACUUUCUAUACAACACUGUGUCUUUUUUUGCAAAUCCUCCGACAGGCAACGAUUCAGUCCUCUGCCCCAGCAACGACAACACCACCAGCAACGUCACUGACCAGCUGUCUGUCAACUUUGAAGAUCUAUAUACACUCAGCAAGUCGGAGAUCAAUGUCAAAGUCUACAACAAAAUAUGGGACCUCACCACAACAGUUCCUGUCUUCUUGCUUCUUCUUCUCUUUCCUCUGCUCAACUUCAAGUCGCCAACCUUCUUUACCAAAUUCAAUUCCUUAGCUACCAUCUCCGUGACAUAUUUAAUGAUAUUCACAGUGGUGAAGGCCACCAAGUGGGGUGUCAAUAUUGAAUUUAAGGACAAAUUUUCUGAACAUUACUCACCAAAUAUCUCCUCAAACCUGGCGGCCCUCACAGGUAUUGCAGCUCUUGCAUAUUUCAUUCACAACUGUGUCCUCUCCAUCUUGAGAUCUCACAAGAAACCAGAAAAUGGGGUACGAGACCUCGGCAUCGCAUUCUUCCUCGUCUGUUUCACCUACAUCUUUAUCGGAGUUGGACUCUACAUUUCAUUCCCACUUCAAAAAUCCUGCAUCCAAGAUAAUAUACUAAACAAUCUUCCGUUAGACGACAACCUGGCAUUUGCAGCCCGAGCAUGUAUGUUGCUCCAGAUGGUCGCAGUCUUCCCGUUGCUAAUCUAUGUGUUUCGAGUUCAGUUCUUCCAUGUGGUCUCUGGAAAUAUCUACCCUGGCGUACUCAAAGUGGUCCUUAUGAAUCUACUCAUGUGUGCAAUCAGCAUCCUGUUUGCAUGUUUCCUGCCUAAAAUUGGGAAAGUCAUUGGAUUCGUUGGAGCAUUCUGUGGUUUCUCCUACGCACUUGGCCUACCUUUCCUCAUCCAUCUUAUUGCCCUUUAUGAGAAACAUCAACUUACGUGGUACUCGUUCACCAUCCACACGUUCUUCAUUUUGCUCGGAUUUGCAAAUUUUAUUGCACAGUUUUUUAUCUCCGGACACUGAAGAGGGCAACAAAUAGCAACGACAUCACCUUCACGUCUUUGAAUAUAGUCCGUGUGUGUGUUUGUCUUUUAAAUACAUGUAUUCACUCAUGCAAACACACACGUGUGUGUACAUAUAUAUAUAAAUGUGUAUAUAUCAAUAAAUGUGUAUAUGUAUAAAUAAA